UCAGAGCAGUCGAGUGCGAUCCAGACUUGAGUGCGGAGUGUGAAAGACUCUGCUGUGCCAGACAUGGCAGGCUUUGCGAACAACUUGAGCUCUUAUCCUCUCGUUCAGUUGAACGAACUUCUCGAAGACGACGAGAAGCUCAACAAAAUGAUCAUUGAUAUGGAGGAGAUUAAAGAUGUACAACAGAACAAGGAGAAGACAUUGGCUACUAACCGUAUUCUGGCUGAACAGAAUCUUGAACUCCAGCCCAGGCUAGACCACCAAAAAAAUGAGCUUACCAAACGCUACCGGUGCCUACAGGAGCAGUUUGAGGCAUAUCAGCUGCGAAAGUCUACUCUUGACCACAUGUCUGGAAACACUUCAUUGGACACAUUGCUUGCACUCCUACAAGCGGAAGGGGCCAAAAUCGAGGAAGAAACCGAGAACAUGGCCGAUUCUUUCCUUGAUGGUGAAGCCCCCCUGGACACAUUCAUAGAUGAGUACCAGAGUAAGAGGAAGCUCGCGCACCUGCGUAGAGUGAAGAUCGAGAAGCUCCAGGAAAUGGUGCUGAAAGGACCCCAGAUGGCCCUGGUUGCACCUCAGCCUUCUCGUUCUCAGGACCUUCCCUCCACACCAGUUGCUCUCCAGAGAGAGGUCAAUGGUUCCCCAAUGCCGAUGCCCCGCCGGGCCCCUCCUCUUCCCCCUUCUAAAGUUCCCCAAUCUCCCACUAUCCAGCAACCUGCAGCUGUCUCCUACCACCCUGUCUCCCCGUUCCACCCCACCUCUCCAUACCCCCCUAUCCCUCCCAGGGUCGGAAAUCCCCCAUCAAGUCUUAAUCAGGGAUACCCCAGCAUAUACAUGCAGCAAUUCCCCCCACCUUUGCCCCAGAGAACCCCUCCACGCAUGGCACCCCAGCCAGGCUUUAUAAUGCAGUGAGGGUAGGGAUUACAGUCUGUGGAGAAGAAACAAUAUGUACACUGGACUUUCGUUCUAGCCGUUUGUAGGUCCUUCAAGCUGCAUGUUAUAUCAUUUUGUGCAACAGGAUGCUAGGAUGCCAUCUACUACAGGACCUUCAGUUUGCACUUUAGACUUUUGUAUUUGAUCAGUCACGGCUGGUUGCAGAGUCAAUCUUUUCCUGCUCGGUCCUCUCUUCAGUAGAGGUAGAUCAAGUCAAAUAGCAUGGUCAGUUUAAGUUUUACAUGUGCUGCAAAGGUUUUCUACAAAUAGUGAAGAUACCAUAAUUCCUGAACUUGGGCUGUUCAGUGAUGCAAGGCAUCUUGGUUAUUGGGUUAAAUACGAAGAGGUAUAAUCUGAAUGAAAAUGCAAAAUUAUUCAAACUAAUAUGUCAGUUCAUCUACUUUAAUAUUGUCUGACAUUUCACACCUGCAAUAGCUGCUUUAACAUUGACACAAGGGAUUCUUAUGCAAACAGACCGAGACUGAACUGUGCCACAUUUUUGAGGGGAGGAUGGGAUCCAAUUGGACAUAACGCAUUUUUGCUCUCCAGGUUAUCUCAGACCUUCAGUCAGAGAUGUUAUUUUUUGAUCGGGUUCGGUUCUUGUCAAUGUGCUUGUGCUGAUAGCAGUAGAAAAGUGUGAUUUAAUACAAAUUUAUUUAAAAAAAUAAACUGAGAUUAGAAGCUACUGCUACAAUAGAGGGAGGACCGUAAAGCCUUGCGUAUCUUAAAUAUGAGCAAAUUCAUUCUGACGGAAGGAGUUCAUUUGCUAGUGUGUGUGUAGGGGAAAAUGUGUAAAUGGGUUAUUUUUAGUAAAUUAGUCAUGCGAGUGUGAACAUUUGUGUGGCAUAUGUGCUUGUACUUUCUUAAUAUCCUGCAUACUAAAACUGAUGCUCUAUGCAUAAUAUACCAUUUAUUGUUUAUAUCUAACACACUAUACAUUCUUGGGCUUAAUUUUGCAGCCUGGUGUGAAGAUGAUAAUUAAAAAAGGGCUUCCUUUCUAUAAACACUGAAUUUAAAUUGACCUCGACAAUAAUCUUUACAUAACAGCCAUAACAUUUUCAAACAUUUAGUAUGAAUCUUUGUUUUAUUUGGACUUCACACAUCAGGUCCGUCCAUCUUUUCUCCACCUCUUCUGUAUAUAUGUAUAUUAUGGUUGGCAUUGUCUGUGCACAUGUCUGAAAUAGCCACUUUGUGCCUAUGUUGGGUAAGAUUAGGACUUGGUUGCUGUGGUGACCAGUGUUUUUUUUUUCCUUGGCUUCCCACGCAAAAACAAAUCGCCCAAAUCUCCAGAAUUGCAUAAAGUUCUGUCUUUAAAAAACAUGCCCUUUCUUGCAGGUACAUUUUACAAGUGUCCUUUUCCUCAGUGAUCAGUGUAUGUUAUACAUAAUUAUGCUCUCUUAAUUACAUUCUCACACAUUCAGGAAGUUGACAUCAUAGAAACAGGAAGAGAAGAACUUGGUUUAAAUGUUGUCUUCUCUCUAAUCAUUGGUGCUGCAACAUUUAUCUGUCAUUAACAUUCAUUUAAUGACUUGAGCCAGAAUAUCUCUGCAAUACAUCAAAAAACAGGCUCAGUUUGAAAAUAAUCAUGUCACCCUUUCCAAACUUGGGUAUCUGUUUUGUUUAAAUGCACCAGAUCUAGUGGUAGAAAUAUUUGAGUACUCCAUGGAUGAGAUUGAAUGUUGUAUAAUGUCUAAACAGUGACUUAAUACCUGUGAAACACUGUGUACUAAUGGGCUUACCAACCAUCUGGUAAAACAGCUUUUCCCUUUUUUUAAAGAUUUUUUUGUGUUCGAAAUCAUUUUAAUGCCUAAAUAUGUAACAGAUUGCUUGGCUGAAUGCUGUUGUUAAAAUAAAUAGUGUUUUGUAUUCUUAUAAUGUAAAAUAUGCAGACUAUCCUAAACUAGGUAUUGUUCAUGGAAAGUGAUAUAAAUAGUCAAGUGAACUGACUGUUCUAUGUUAAAGGUAAUAAAUUGUAUCCCAUCAUUCUUC